AUGUCGGCUUCUAUCGAAAUCCCCGGCCGCUCAUCUAUUCACAACUCGGAACAAGACUUCGUCGUGAUCAGUGAAAGUCCCGUGGUUCAAUUAUCCGAAGGGGACGUUCUGGACGGACUUGAACUCAAGAUGGAUUCCUUCGGAGUACAUUCGAUCUCUCUCAAAGACGACAUCGAACGUCUCACGAGAGAGAACGAGCAAUUGAAACAAACGGCCCUGAACGAUGGUCAGGCCAUGAGGAAGCAUCUUCAACUCUGCACCGAGUAUAAGGAGCAAAUGACGAAGUGUCACGAUAGGGACGCCGCGAUGCUCGAGGAAGCGAGACAGUCGACCCUGAAGCUGCAAGAAGAAAACGCGGCUCUGAAUGCAGUGUUGGAGAAUGUUCAAGUAAAGCUCGAAGAAGCCGUCAUGAGAGAACACGAAACGAAGACUUCAAAUACCAGACUCGAGAAAGAGCUGGAGACCCUUCGCGAAGAUCUCGCUGCUUGGCAAAGCACGGCCGAGGAAGCACGUCAGAGAGCUGAAGAGUCGUCCUAUGUUCGCAUAGAAAACGGAGCUUUCGACACCGAACCCGAACUCUUGGCUGAACUCACCGAGCUCAGGAGUAAACUCCGGAACAUCGAGGAGAAACACGCGGAAGAUCCGCUCCCGGGUCAAUUGCAAGAGAAGUUGAACGAACUUGAAAAGGAACUCGUCAAAGCUAAUGAAGAGAAGACGGCUCUCGAAGAGCAGCUCAACCAGAGGAAAAUCGCCGAGAUUGAAUCUCAACAGACUAGCGAAUCCUCUUCGGAUCAGGAGGCCGCCAGACGCUUAUCGGUUGAAGCUUCACUCAAUCAAAAAGUGGUGGCAAUCGCGGAGAAGUUAACUCAGGCCAAUCUUGAGAAAGAUCGUCUUCGAGAGAAACUGGACGUUUCGAUGGAGCAGAAGACGAGGCUUGAGAACGAAGUCAAAGCUCUCGAGGCGAAGACAGCCGAAACCUUGAGAUCGAACAUCGCUGCCUUCGAAUGCCUCCAGAGCGAGCAGGCUUCCCAGAAAGAGGCUUUGAGAAUGGCCUUGCGUUCAGAGCAAUCUCUUCGGGAGAAAGCUCAGAAAGACUACGCGAGUCUCUUGGAAACUUGGCAGAACUUCGAAAGUAAUUAUCAGCCACCUGUCGAUCUGGGAGCGGAUGCCCCGACUCAACGAUCAGACAUCGACAGAGCGGCGGAAAACCUCGCCACCGCUGACCGGCUCCGCUUAGAGGCGGAUAAUCGUUCCUUACGCGAAGCAAUCAAGGAUCUCCAGGCUCAGAACAUGCGUCUCCUCCAGGAGCUUCAAGUGAACACCGUUCAACAAGCUGGCGGCGCAGCCGCGUCCGCGGCCGUCGACGAACGCAAAUGUCCCAUAUGCAUGCAGCCCUUCGAAAACCAAGCUGACUUGAUUCAACAUGCAGGGAUUUGCGAGAAUGAGCUCGCCAGUAUUUUCUAGGGAACAGGAUCAAUGCGCUCGUUCUGUACCGAGGAGCGGAACUAGGGAGGGAGUUCCGCUGUAUGCUAGUUCCCGCUUCAAGAGAGAAGGAGGAAUCAUCUGUCCUUCAACCCUUCGGUCAUCCUUCAUCGAGGAUUCCGGGGACCGAGUAGAUCGUGAAGUUUCCGAUUCA